GCCGCUAUGGUGCGCUCCGGCCAGCUGUGCGCCGGCUAGUGAGGCGCCAGCCUGUGGGUGCUGCCGGGGGCGGCGGGGCGGAGGGGGCGCACAGCUGGCGGCGGCGCGCGGGCCCAUGGUGCUCUGCUCACGGCUGGGGGCGAAGGUGACAGCAGGAUCGCUAGGGGCUGGCGCUGCUCGGCGGCUCCCGGCCGUGUUCCCCAGUCCUUGUGCGCGGCGGCCCUGCCUUCGACCCCGUGUCCCCGCGGGCUGGAGCUCGAGGAGGACCCGGCGGCCGCGCGAUUACUGGAGGCGGCCGGCUGGAUGCUAGACCUGCUCGGACCGGGUGGAGGACCGCGGCUGUCGACUCUGGGACACCGAUCGCCUAGCCGACUAGCCGGACAGCGCUGGCCAUGGCCUCCAACUUUAACGACAUAGUCAAGCAAGGCUACGUGAAAAUCCGCAGCAGGAAGCUAGGGAUUUUCAGACGAUGCUGGCUGGUUUUUAAGAAGGCUUCUAGCAAAGGACCCAGAAGACUAGAAAAAUUUCCAGAUGAAAAGGCAGCUUAUUUCAGAAGCUUUCACAAGGUAACUGAACUGCACAACAUCAAAAAUAUAACCAGACUGCCUCGAGAGACCAAGAAGCACGCAGUGGCAAUUAUCUUUCAUGACGAAACGUCAAAGACAUUUGCCUGUGAAUCAGAGCUGGAGGCUGAGGAGUGGUGCAAGCACCUCUGCAUGGAAUGCCUGGGGACAAGGCUCAAUGACAUCAGCCUAGGGGAGCCGGACCUGCUGGCAGCUGGAGUGCAGCGAGAACAGAACGAACGAUUCAAUGUUUAUCUUAUGCCUACACCAAAUCUGGAUAUCUAUGGCGAAUGCACAAUGCAGAUCACUCAUGAGAAUAUCUAUCUCUGGGAUAUCCACAAUGCCAAGGUCAAGCUGGUGAUGUGGCCUCUCAGCUCCCUGAGGAGAUAUGGUCGAGAUUCGACAUGGUUCACCUUUGAGUCAGGAAGAAUGUGUGACACAGGAGAAGGACUGUUCACUUUUCAAACAAGGGAAGGAGAAAUGAUCUAUCAGAAGGUCCAUUCUGCAACCCUGGCCAUAGCUGAACAACAUGAAAGAUUAAUGCUAGAAAUGGAGCAGAAGGCCCGGCUUCAGACAAGCUUGACUGAGCCAAUGACGUUAUCGAAAUCCAUCUCACUUCCACGUAGCGCAUACUGGCAUCACAUCACGCGCCAGAACAGCGUCGGAGAAAUCUACAGUUUGCAAGGUCAUGGAUUUGGUUCGUCAAAGAUGUCCCGAGCACAGACAUUUCCCAGCUAUGCUCCAGAACAGAGUGAAGAGGCCCAGCCACCGCUGUCACGGUCCAGCAGUUAUGGAUUCAGCUACAGCUCCAGCCUCAUUCAAUGACACACAGAGGCCAUCACUGACCAGAAAGACAGUCUGUCUUGGACCUGCCGCAGGGUCAUUAUGCCCCCUGCUUCCUGGAAGACCAUUUGCAGUACAAACUGACAUGGGUUGGGACUCGCCCGAUCCAACUGGAAGGUUAAAAACUGGAGUUCUGCUUCCUUGAUUCAGUGGCUAAGUCCUUUAUUUAUUGAAUUUCUAUGGGGAAAAUCUAUGCUUUACAAAAAAAAAAUAGAAUCCAAGUUAUAUGAACACUUAUUUAAAUAAGCAAAAUUCUUUGGGUCUUAUAGUAUCAGAAACAGUGACAGGAAAAUUCCCCACACUCUGUUGGACCUGGGUGGUAGGCCCCUUCACUUUGUGUUUAUGGCCAUGAGCUCCUGGUCUGAACACAGGGUCUUUCCUCAGAUAUAAAAUACUGAACCACCACAAGUUUUGUGGCUUUUUCAGUUUUGACAGAGACAAAUCCAGUAAACUCUACAGAUGGCACUCUGACUCUCCACAUAAAGAAGCCCAGUGACAGAUAAUUAAGGGAUAUGACAUGAGAAUACUAUUAAGAAGGGCCCUGUAGCAGCAUGUGUGUGUGUGUGUGUGUGUGUGUGUGUGUGUA